AUGGAUUUCAUACACGAAACUAAAAAAUCUAUUUUUAAAGACUAUUCUACAAAAAAAACCUUAAAACGAAAAUGUGUUGAAGCAAAGAAACAAAGAAAAAAUAAGUACAAAGAACUUUACGAAAAAUAUAAAAAACUUUAUUUAAAAGAGAAGAAACAAAAUGAAGAAUAUGUUUCUCUUUUGAAUGAUGUUCGUGACUAUUUCGGAAAAUCUUGGUAUACUUUUCUUAACGAUUGUGAAGAA